ACAUUGACAUUUGACAAUUUAUUUAUUUCAAUCAUUUCAAUGUCAGUCAGGGUCAGCAAUUGCUAGGUAAAUAUUUCAGAAACAAACUUUGUGAAAUCAAUGAUAUUGCAGUGGGCUGAACUUUUAAAGUCAAGUAAUUGGAUCCAGCCCGAUCUACGAUAGCAGAAUACUGUAUAUUGAAUGGCAGAUAGAGCAGCAAUCAAGUGAUAAUCUUUAGUGAACUGACUGUCGUGUUAAGCACCACCUCAAUUUAAAAAUGGCUAAUGUUCUGGGUGUAAGCUAUUACAAUUCCUAUAAUGCCGAAAUGCUCACUGAAGACAAGGAUACUACAGCUUCGGGUUAUAACGUGCAUGUUUUCAAUAUUGUUUUUGAAAGCAUUUAUACACUUCUUUGUGACAUAUGGCAUAUACAACUACCCACAUCUACCCGCUGACGUGUUGGAAACCCAGCUGUACAAGCGCACAGCACCAAGUCUCGUGCUUCACAAAUCCAAACCUGAUUGCAAAUAUGAUGAAAUACUGAAAAGCACCAGCUCUGUACAAAAUUGGGAAGUACCAAAAAAAUUCGACGACUUCUCAGCAAAAGGUCUAGUGAACGGGACAUAUGUCCCCGAGCACUGCAACCCCCUGUUCAGUGUGGCCAUCAUCGUGGCGUACCGCAACCGACAGAGCCAGCUGGACGUGUUCCUGCCGUACAUGCACAACUUCCUGCGCCGGCAGAACAUUCACUACAGGCUGUACCUGGUGGAGCAGCAGGACGAGAAGACGUUCAACAAGGGCGUGCUGCUGAACGUGGGCGCGCGCGCCGCGCUGCGCGACCGCUUCCCGUGCCUCGUGCUGCAGGACGUGGACCUGCUGCCGCUCGACGCCGGCAACCUGUACGCCUGCGCCGCCGAGCCGCGCCACCUCAGCGCCAGCAUCGACAAGUUCCGCUUCGUGCUGCCCUACGACUACCUGGUGGGCGGCGUGCUCGCCAUCAAGGCGGACCACUUCCUCGCCGUCAACGGCUUCUCCAACAGAUUCGAGGGCUGGGGCGGCGAGGAUGAUGACUUCUCAUGGAGAUUAACUAACCACAAAUUAGAUAUUGUUAGGUUCCCGCGGCAGCUGUCGCGCUACACCAUGCUGCGGCACCGGCAGGAGGCGCGCAACAGCCAGCGGCGCCGCAUCAUGCGCGAGAACCGGCAGCGCGGCGCCGCCGACGGGCUCAGCAGCCUGCCGCGCGUCGCCGUCUCGCUCGCCGCCAACCGCCUCUUCACGCUCGUCGCCGUGCGAUUAUAACGUCGUGCUACACUCUAUGUGCCGCCUCAGUUAGGAACGCUGUAGGUGACGCGUAUUAGACGCGCGGCGCCGCCGCCUGUCGCCACAAGCCUACAACUACUACAACUACUGACCUGUGAUACUAUUUGUUAACUCCUGUAAAGAUAGCACUGGUCUCAUAAGUUUUAAUUCUGAAAUAUGUAUAAAUACUUAGGUGUAAGUGAGUUUGUGAAAGUGAUCUUGAGUAGGGCUCGCACACGGACGCGGCGUGGCAGAGGAUCCAUCAGCUGCGCAGCUGUAUGUCCUGUUACUGUUUCAGCCUUUUUAUCGUCCCACUGCUGGGCACAGGCCUCCUCUCACAUGGAGAAGGAUUGAGCAUUAAUCACCACGCUUGCUCAAUGCGGGUUGCUGAUUUCAGACUAUAUAUAUAGUCCAGGUGUCCUCAAGAUGUUUUCCUUCACCUUUUUAUCAGCCAUUGGUGUCUAAGUAUACUUAGAAAGUACAUACAAACUUAGAAAAGUUGCAUUGGUACUUGCCUGACCCUGGAAUCGAACCCACACCCCCAUACUCGAAAGGUUAGUAAGGAAAAGUAUUGUAGGAUCAAUCUCGGAAUUUGUAGUAUAAUAGUUCAAAAGUUAUAUGACGAAAAAGGUGACUCCUCAAUCUAAAUAUUUGGACUGAGGAGCCACGUUGGAACACAGAAAGUAUACGAUGUACAUUCUUGAAAUUUUGUAUGAUUUAGUAGUAAUUGAGCGCAAUGCGUACUAAAAAUUUGAUUCCAGUACUAUUGAUAUUUUAGAUUCUAAAAUUUAGAAGAUACAAUACUUUUAAUUUUGCUCCUUAACCCAUACAAUGAAAGUGUGAAUUCCCAUGAAUCGUAAGUGUCAAAUUCAAAUGACACCCCAUAAACAUUUAGUAGUAAGUGUGUCUGAAUUUGUAGUACACAGACAAAGUACUAAAACUCAGUGAAUUUUGUAAAUAAACACAUUUUAUGUGGCUCCUCAAUCCUGACGUUUCUGUAAUGAGAAAAUGCUGGAGUUACUUGAAAUCGGAACGGAAUAAAACAAACAAAAACACUAACAUUUAGUAGAAAUUUCUACUAAAUAUACAUGCACAAAUGAGAAGUGUAUGUAUUCAAUAUCUGAGAAAAAAAAACAUAUUUUCCAUAUUCCUUAGGACGUCCGUAGUUUUCCAAUAUUUAUUUUAAGAAUAAUCUGCAUAUUAUGUACAGAGGUUCUUCUGUAAGAUAUUCAUCAUUUUUGGCAUAAGUUAAUGUAUGGAUCAAAAUUAGUUGGACGGUGCUCUUACCAAUUUUAUCAUUUGUUUUCCAUCAUUCCAUCAUUUUUUUUUUGCAACUGUGCUACUUUUUCAUCAAACCAAAUAAAAAAGCUGAGAUCCGCUUUGAGAUAUUCUUUAUUCAUUUGUGUCUCUAAUAACUUGUCGUCACCCGUCUUGCCGAGUUCCUCCGUAUGAUUUAAUUCAAAAAAAUUUCAAUCGCACCAAAGUCUAGCCUAAGGCGGCUUGACAACCAGAACUUGUUGUUAUCAAAUCAUCUAGUUGAGAAAGACGAGACGAGUUGUUAUUUGUCACACACUUAUUAUCCACUGCUCAUCAUCAUUCUCCGAGCCUUUUCCCAACUAUGUUGGGGUCUACAAUGUCGCUACAAUGUCCGUCCAAGUACAGAAUCAGCAAACAAGGCCCAUACCGUUGCAUCGAGGAGUGAGACAUGGGGAUGUUAUUUCCCUGAAACUGUUCACUAAUGCAAUCGAAGAUAUGGAAAAGACGCGGCAUCAACAUCAAUGGCGAACACAUCUCUCGCUUGCGAUUUGCUGACGAUAUCGUCAUCAUGGCGGAAACGCUGCAGGACCUACAACAGAUGCUGAACGACCUGGCUGAAUCUUCUCUACGCAUCGGCCUACGGAUGAACUUGGACAAAACCAAGGUCAUAUUCAAUGAACAUGUUCUACCUUAUCCGAUUGCGAUACACGGCGCCGUUCUCGAAGUUGUUCGGAAAUAUGUAUACCUCGGGCAGACAUUGCAGUUAGGUAGAAGCAACUUUGAGGACGAGGUGAAUAGGAGAAUUCAGUUGGGUUGGGCUGCAUUUGGGAGGCUACGUCGAGUCCUAACAUCGUCGAUCCCACAGUGCCUAAAGACAAAAGUCUUCAAUCAGUGCGUCCUACCUGUCAUGACUUACGGAGCCGAAACAUGGACACUGUCGGUACGGCUGGUCCACAAGUUUCAAGUCGCUCAGCGGGCUAUGGAAAGGGCUAUGCUCGGCAUUUCUCUGAGGGAUCGCAUCAGAAAUGAGGUAAUCCGUCAGAGAACCAAGGUCAUCGACAUAGCCCACCCAAUCAGCAAGCUGAAGUGGCAGUGGGCUGGCCAUAUUAGCCGAAGAACCGAUAACCGUUGGGGUAAACGAGUCCUAGAGUGGAGACCACGCCUCGGCAAACGUAGUGUAGGACGUCCUCAGGCACGGUGGAGUGAUGACUUGCGCAAGACGGCUGGCAGGAGCUGGAUGCGAGAAGCCGAAAAUCGAUCUCAGUGGCGUGCACUUGGAGAGGCCUAUGUCUAGCAGUGGCCUGCAUCAUCAUCAUCAUGAUGAUGAUGAUGAUGAUGAGGUUGGGGUCGGCUUCCAGUCUAACCGGAUUCAGCUGAGUACCAGUGCUUUACAAGAAGCGACUGCCUAUCUGACCUCCUCAACCCAGUUACCCGGGUAACCCGAUACCCCUCCUAUCCCUCCUCAUACUUCGAGCCGUUAUGAUGGAUCCUUCACUGUUCCCGCUGUAAGGCUUUGGAACGCUCUGCCUCACAGUAUACGUGAGAGCAAGUCGUUAGAUGUCUUCAAGAGACGAACUAAAGAACAUUUCCUGUCAACAUGACCUUAUUUGUAUGUAUGUAUUUAUUUAUUUAUUAUAUUUUAUGUUUUAUUUAUAUGUAUAUAUUUAAUGUUAUGUAGUUUUAUCUUUGUUUUGUUUAAUGUUGUGCACUUUUAA